CUUUUUUGUGUGACGUGUGUAUUGUAAACAUUGAAAAAAUACUAAAACUUGCGAUAGAAUUUCCUGCUAAUAUUCAUUAGUCGUGAAAUCACAAUGGAUAAACCGCUGUACGAUAAUUCUACUAUGUUAAAAGCAGUGAUACUUAUAGGGGGACCGCAGAAAGGUACCCGCUUCCGGCCGCUGUCUCUAGACACUCCGAAGCCCCUAUUCCCUAUAGCCGGCAUACCAUUGAUUCAACACCACAUUGCUGCCUGUGUCAAGCUCCCUCAAGUCCGGGAGAUCCUCAUUAUUGGCUCUUACACGGCUGCAAACAUGGCUCAGUUUGUAGGAGACAUGCAUAGAGAGUAUUCUGUUGCUAUUAGAUACCUGCAAGAAUUUACUCCCCUAGGCACUGGUGGAGGAUUGUAUCACUUCCGUGACCAGAUCCGAGCGGGGAACCCAGCAGCCUUCUUUCUACUGAAUGGGGAUGUGUGCGCAGACUUCCCGCUUAAACAGCUCUGGGAGUUUCAUAUGGAGAGGCCUAACUCGCUGGUUACAAUAAUGGGCACAGAAGCGACCCGCCAGCAAUCCAUCCACUAUGGCUGCAUGGUUCGCGAAUCCAGUACAAAAGCAGUAUCGCAUUAUGUAGAGAAGCCUGCCUCGUACGUUUCGGCGCUUAUCAAUUGUGGCGUGUACGUUUGCGCGCCGAGGGUGUUUCAGACUAUGGCGAAGGCUUUAGAAAGGAAAGAAGCAGACUACUAUAGUGGCAAUAACCAGAGCACCCCAAACCCUGGCUACAUGUCUUGGGAACAGGACGUACUGGCGCCGCUGGCUGGCACCAACACACUUUAUGCCAUGCAGAUAACAAACUGGUGGUCUCAAGUGAAAACUCCCGGCUCCGCCAUAUACGCCAACCGUCACUAUCUUGAACUGCACAGGACACAGAGCGACACACACAACAACAACAUACUGCCGGAUGUGUUUGUGCAUCCCACCGCGUGCGUCGACGACUCCGCUGUGAUCGGACCGAAUGUAUCCAUCGGAGCCGGGUGUACCAUAAAAGCGGGUGUUCGUAUAAAGGAGUCCAUUAUACUGAACAACGCGACCAUCAGUGAACAUUCGCUAGUCAUGUACUCUGUUGUGGGCCAAAACGCGAGCGUUGGCGAGUGGUCCCGGAUAGAAGGGACCCCUUCGGACCCGGACCCCAACAAGCCGUUUGCCAAGAUGGAGAACCAGGCCCUCUUCAACGCGGACGGACGGCUAAACCCCUCCAUUACUAUUUUAGGUGCCAGCGUGGUGGUGCCAGCAGAGACGAUCCUCUUGAACACCAUAGUGCUGCCCCACAAGCAUCUAACCCGGAGUUUCAAGCACGAAAUCAUCCUUUAAACACAUCGGUCUAUCUGUUAGUACAAGCCACAGA